GCAUGUCCGGUGUCACCAGGAGAUCCACGUGGUGAUGGGCAACGAGGCCUGUGACCUGGACUCCACCGUCUCGGCCCUGGCCCUGGCUUAUUUCUUGGCGAAGACCUCCCCGGCUCCGAAAGCAGCCUUCAUCCCGGUGCUGAACAUCCCUCGCGCUGAAUUCGCCCUCCGGACGGAGACAACGUUCCUGCUGGGGGAGCAGGGCAUCCCCGCCGCCUCCCUCAUCUUUCGGGACGAGAUCGACCUGGGGGGGCUGCACCGCGCCGGGCUGCUCUCCCUGACGCUGGUCGAUCACCACGUCCUGCCUGGGGUAGGAGGAGAGGAACAAAGGGGGUUUCCAGGCUCUGCUGGGGGUGACCCAUCGCGGCUGCAACCGCAGGGCUGUGCCGGGGGUCUCACCCUCCCCGUCUCACCCGCCAGCGCCGAUGCAGCCCUGGAAGAGGCUGUGGUGGAGGUCCUCGAUCACCGGCCAUUGGAACGGGACCGAGCUCCCGGCUGUCAGGUGACAGCAGAGCCGGUGGGCUCCUGCGCCACGCUGGUGACAGAGCGGAUCGCCCAAGGUCCCCCAGGCGUGCUGGACAGACCCACGGCCGCGCUGUUGCACGGCACCAUCCUCCUGGACUGCGUGAACCUGAGCCCGGCGGCCGGCAAGGUGACGCCCAGGGACGUGGCGUGUGUCUCCCUGCUCGAGGCGAGGUUCCCCGAGCUGCCGGCCCGCGACACCAUCUUUGAAGCCCUGCAAGCGGCCAAGUUUGACGUCUCGGGGCUGACGACGGAGCAGAUGCUGCGGAAGGACCUCAAAGUCCUCUCUGGCGAUGAGCUGCUCCUUGCCGUCAGCGCUAUCUACGUGGACCUGGAGACCUUCCUGCGCCGGCCCGGCUUGCUGCAGGACCUGGAUGCUUUCUGCCAAGCUCAGGGCUACGCGGGGCUGGUGGCCAUGAUGAUCUCUUUUAAUGAGCACAAUGAGCCCUCCCGGCAGCUCGCGGUCUACAGCCGGUGCGAGACCCUCCGGAGUGCGGUGUGCCAGGCGCUGGCGGCGGCGCUGUCCCUGCACCUCCUGCCUCUCCCGAGCCCCUGCACCUACGCCCAGGGCAAUGCUUUGGCAUCGCGGAAGAAGGUCCUGCCCGUCCUGCGGGCAGCCCUGGGGGGGCCGGGCGCUGCCAGGGGGCCGGAGGAGGAGGUGGUCCUGCCGCCCACCCCGAUGAACAGCCUGGUGGAGGAAUGCCCGCUGGCACAGGCCGUCCCCCCCCUCUGCCCCCAAAAAAAGGAUGUCCUGGAGCGGGUCAGCCGCAUCGCCGCUGGGCAGCCCCCCGGCUCCCCAAAAUAA